CUGAGACCGAAAUUUGAGACGGUCUCAAAUUUCGGUCUAAGUCUCAGACUUGGUGUGCCAUAAAGGAUUCUUGUCUCGGUCUCAGUCUCACUUUCUUAGUUUGGUCUCACUUUUGAGCUCAGAAAGUUAGACAAGUAAAUAGGUGUCUAACUUCUUAGUUUUUGCUCACUUUCAAUAUGGCUUCCGUGGGUGCGAGAUUGAAUUUAUACAACAUCAUUCAGCGAAGAAGAAAGACGCCCCGUCCAAGAGUUUUUAAGGACAGAAGCAACCCACUGGAAGAACUCCCCGCAGAUGAAGUUUUUAGGAAGUACCGUUUUAGGCCAGACACCAUUCUAUUUAUAGUUGGUAUGUUCUUUGAAGACUUGGUUCAUCCAACUUUAAGAAAUUCCCCUCUGCCUCCUUUGCUACAAGUUCUGGCUGCCCUGAGGUUUGUGGCGACAGGAUCAUUUUAUAACUUAGUUGGAGAGUCCCUGGGUGUAGCCAAAUCUACUACUGGCAGAGCCGCACGCUAUGUCUGUCGUCUUUUGGCAGGGAAAGCAGGGAAUUACAUAAAGUUUCCGAGGGAUGUUUCGUCCUACAAGAGCAGAUUUUUCGAAAUAGCAGGAUUUCCAAACGUGGUUGGAUGUGUAGAUGGCACGCAGAUAAAGAUCAAGGCACCGAAUGUUAACGAAGGGGAAUAUGUAAACAGGAAAGGUUUCCAUUCGUUAAACGUCCAGAUGGUAUGUGGCCCUGAUUUUUGCAUCACAAAUGUUGUUGCCAAAUGGCCAGGAUCUGUGCACGAUUCUAGGAUUUUUAAAGAAUCUGUAUUAUGCAGAGAGUUUGAAAAUGGACACAUACAAGGGAUGCUGUUGGGUGACUCCGGAUAUUCGCUCAAGACUUACUUGAUGACUCCAUAUUUAAACCCCACAGAGGCACACAUGCAGCGAUACAACACGGCACAUUGCAGGACAAGGGUGCUAAUAGAGCAGACUUUCGGGGUUCUAAAAAGAAGAUUUUCCUGUUUGCACAGCGAACUGCGAUUAUCACCACAGAGGGCAUGUGUUGCAGUGGUUGCCUGUUGUGUGUUACACAAUAUUGGCAUCAACAGAGGAGACAUCAUCUCAAAUUCCGAUGACAAUGACCUUAAUGUUGCUGAAGAUGUAGAUGGUGUAGUUGACAUGGGGGGCAAUGGGAAAACUGUGAGGGAUCACAUUGCUCGUAAUUAUUUCUGAAUUACCAGACAAUUAAUGACUUUGCAUCUUUUAAUUCUGGUAAUUCAUUUCUUUUUAUCAAAUCAAACUAUAAUUUUCAAAAUUGAUAAACAGUUAAUUGUAGAAUAGAAAACUUGUAACCAAUUUUAUUUGAGACAUGUAGUAAUAUUAAGUAUAUUAUGUAGUAAUAUUAAGGCAGAUAUUUUCAACAUGCAAAGAACAAAUUUCAAUAUUUUAUAAAUAUACAAAGUUGAUUUGAUUUGAUUUAUGAUAAAAAAAUCUCACAAAGCAAGUUUCAGAGAGAGAGAGAGAGAGAGAGAGAGAGAGAGAGAGAGAGAGAGAGAGAGUAUUGGUACAUAUGUAUUUGACUACCGUAUGUUUUUGUUGACACUUUUUACCAUAUCUAAGUUUCAAAUAAAAUUUACUUGUAAUACUGCCCAUAUUUACUGAGGUUAUAUAUUUCCUUAUUUUAACUGCCUUUACCAUAUUAAUAAAAUGAGCAUGAAUCUGGGAGAUUGAUAUUACAUGAAUGGAAUUAGAAUAUCUUAUCAAAUAACAUGUUCCUUUUUAAAAAGCUAAAAAACUAUAAAACCAUAUGGUAAUUUUAAAUAAAUGU